AUGCAAUCAGGCUUCACAGGUGGAGCCGGAGCUGGCGGUGUACCUGAUUUCUACGCCGGCGGGCGAUCCAUCUCCAUCGCCACAGCCAUGAACAACCACCACCAGCACCCUUCUCAGCCUCCCUACCACCGAUCUUCACUCCCGGGCCUCUUCCUUGACAACCCCUCCUCCCAGAUCGCCCGCCAAACACAAUCCCAAUCCCAAUUCCAAACCCAAACCCCAUCAACUCUCAUCGGCAAGCGCACGCUCGCCGAGUUUCAAGCCCAUCAGCAGCAGCACCACUACCACAACCCGAACCAUAACCUCUAUUUACGCUCACUGAAACCCAGAACAUUCCAACACUCCUCUCCCAUAUCCCCUCUCUCUCCCAUAGACUUCUCCUCUUCAUCGACAAUUACUGGCUCUGACUCUUCGUCUUCGGCAUCGUCGCUAGUGUCUCACCAACGCUUCGGUUUGCCCCUUCUUCAGCAGCUCCGCCCUCAGCCCGUUCACCAGACGCUACCACCUGCCGGGUCCUUCGUCAACAACAACCCGGUUCAGAAUCAGACCCGGGUUGUCUCCGGUGUGGACUCCGAGAAGAAAAUGAUUAGCAACAGGCUGCAAGAGUUGGAAAAACAGCUCCUCGACGAUAACGACGAGGAGGACGAAGGCGACGCCGUUUCGGUCAUUACUAAAACUAGCAGCGAGUGGUCUGAGACGAUACAGAACCUGAUCGGUCCGGGUCCGGGUCAGAGCCAGAAGCCCGUUUCGCCCUCCCCCACUUCGUCAUCGUCUUCUUCGUCCUCCGUGGCUUCCCCUGCUUCCUCCACGUGUUCCAAGCAGUCGCUUAUGGAGGCCGCUACGGCCAUUUCCGAAGGGAAAUCUGAGGCCGCGGCUGAGAUCCUCACGCGCCUGACGACGUCGCAGGUUCCGAAUCCUAGACCCAAUUCCGAGCAGAGGCUUCUCGAGGUCAUGACUUUAGCUUUGAAGUCCCGGGUCAACCCGGUCGAUAACCCGCCUCCGGUGACCGAGCUCUUUAGCCAGGAACACGCCGGGUCGACUCAGUUGCUCUACGAGCUGUCCCCCUGUUUCAGGUUCGGGUUUAUGGCCGCUAACCUCGCAAUCCUGGAAGCGACGUUGACGGACAAAUCAGCGACCAAUAAGGUUCAUGUGAUUGACUUCGAUAUCGGGCAGGGCGGUCAGUACGUGCUCCUUCUCCAAGCGCUACCCGCGCGUCCGAAUGGUUUGCCUGCCACGGUGAAGAUCACCACCGUCGCAGAUAAUGGCGGGGAGGACAGGUUGACGAUGGUAAGACAGAAGCUGAGUAAAGUCGCCAAGCAACACGGUGUGGUCCUGGAAUUUAACAUAGUGAGCCAGAAACUCGCCGAGCUGAACCGUGAGUCACUAGGUUGCGAACCGGACGAGCCGAUCGCCGUGAAUUUCGCUUUCAAAUUGUACAGUAUGCCCGACGAGAGCGUGUCCACGGACAACCCCCGCGACGAGCUUCUGCGGCGCGUGAAGGGUCUGUCGCCGCGUGUGGUGACGCUGGUUGAGCAGGAGCUCAACACAAACACCGCCCCGUUCAUGGCGCGCGUUAGGGAGACGUGCGGGUAUUACGGGGCGCUGUUGGAAUCAAUCAAGUCGACGGAGGCGGGGGAUAACUCGGAGCGAGUGAAGGCGGAGGAGGCGCUGAGUCGGAAGCUGAUAAACUCGGUUGCUUGUGAAGGGAGGGAUCGGGUGGAAAGAUGUGAAGUGUUUGGGAAGUGGCGGGCCCGCAUGGGGAUGGCGGGGUUCGAGUUGAGGCCCAUGAGCCAAAACAUGACCGAGGUUUUGAAGCAGGGACUCAGUUCGGGUAAUAACCGAGUCAACUCGGGGUUCACGGUUAAAGAAGAGAAUGGAGGGGUUUGCUUUGGUUGGAUAAGCCGCACUCUCACCGUCGCAUCCGCUUGGCGUUAA